CAGCUGUUCAGUAAGAGAUCCGUUUGCCUGGAUGGGACAGUCGCUGCCUCUAAGAAGAUGGCAAAACAAAGCCUGUAAUUCCCCCAUCCAAUUGUGCGGCUCCCCCGGCCACUCCAGCUCCACGUCUAUGAGCCCAUUGACAGCCUUGUCCACAGGGAAGCCAAUGGACAGCCACCCCAACUACACGGACACCCCCGUGAGUGCCCCACGGACUCUGAGCGCGGUGGGGACGCCCCUCAAUGCCCUGGGCUCUCCAUAUAGAGUCAUCGCCUCUGCCAUGGGCCCACCCUCAGGAGCACUGGCUGCGCCUGCGGGAAUCAAUCUGGUUGCCCCGCCCAGCUCUCAGCUAAAUGUGGUCAACAGUGUCAGCAUUUCAGAGGACAUCAAGCCCUUACCAGGGCUUCCUGGGAUUGGAAACAUGAACUACCCAUCAACCAGCCCCGGAUCCCUGGUUAAACACAUCUGUGCCAUCUGCGGGGACAGAUCCUCAGGAAAGCACUAUGGUGUGUAUAGCUGUGAAGGCUGCAAAGGCUUCUUCAAGAGAACCAUACGCAAGGACCUCAUGUACACGUGCCGGGAUAACAAGGACUGCCUCAUUGACAAGCGUCAGCGGAAUCGCUGUCAGUACUGCCGCUACCAGAAGUGCCUGGUGAUGGGCAUGAAGAGAGAAGCUGUGCAAGAAGAAAGGCAGAGGAGCCGGGAGCGGGCCGAGAGUGAGGCCGAAUGUGCCAGUAGUGGCCAUGAAGAUAUGCCUGUGGAGAGGAUUCUAGAAGCUGAGCUUGCUGUUGAACCAAAGACGGAAUCCUAUGGUGACAUGAAUAUGGAGAACUCGACGAACGACCCUGUCACGAACAUAUGCCAUGCUGCUGAUAAGCAGCUUUUCACUCUUGUCGAAUGGGCCAAGCGCAUCCCCCACUUCUCUGACCUCACCUUGGAGGACCAGGUCAUCCUGCUCCGGGCAGGGUGGAACGAACUGCUAAUUGCCUCCUUCUCCCACCGCUCCGUCUCCGUGCAGGACGGCAUUCUUCUGGCCACCGGCUUACAUGUCCACCGCAGCAGCGCCCACAGCGCUGGGGUCGGCUCCAUCUUUGACAGAGUCCUGACUGAGCUGGUCUCCAAAAUGAAAGACAUGCAGAUGGACAAGGCGGAGCUGGGGUGCCUGCGGGCCAUCGUGCUGUUUAACCCAGAUGCCAAGGGUCUGUCCAACCCCUCGGAGGUAGAGACUCUGCGAGAGAAGGUUUAUGCCACCCUCGAGGCCUACACGAAGCAGAAGUAUCCGGAACAACCUGGCAGGUUUGCCAAGCUGCUGCUGCGCCUCCCGGCCCUGCGCUCCAUUGGCCUGAAGUGCCUGGAGCACCUGUUUUUCUUCAAGCUCAUCGGGGACACGCCCAUUGACACCUUCCUCAUGGAGAUGUUGGAGACCCCGCUGCAAAUCACCUGAACGCCCCCAGCCGCAGCCCCCCCCCAGCCUGGGACUACCCCUGGGCGGGUGUGUGUGGACCCCCCACCCUGCACACGUCCCGAGCCUCCCGCCCCGCCCCUUUCCCCUUCCGAUAAUGUGAUGCUUACAAUAAAGAAACCUUUCUACA